AUCACUUCACAUCCCUACUAGUACUACACACAAUCUGUAACAAAGAAGGGAGACAUGGAGUCACCGUCGUUGACCAACAUUUUGUGUGGUGGAGUUCUAGUAGUUAUGCUGUCGUCGUCGGCCUUUCUGAGCGGAGCCGCGGCGGAGAAUGACGAUGAGACGGCGGUGCCGGCGAUGUUCGUGUUCGGCGACUCGCUGGUCGAGGUUGGGAACAAUAUCUAUAUACCGACUUCGACGAACAGAGCGAAUUAUCCUCACAAUGGGAUUGAUUUCCCCAACCACGAAGCAACCGGGCGGUGGUGCAACGGCAAGAAUUCUGCUGACUGGCUCGCUGAGAGAUUCGGGGUCCCAAGUCCCCCGCCUUACCUGUCUCUGUAUACCAAAACUGCGUCUUCUUACAUGGCCGGCGCCAGCUUCGCUUCUGCCGGCUCCCUGCUCCUCAACAGUAGUUUGCAAAAUCCGAAUGCAUCUACUGGAUUUGCCGAUCAAGUUGGCUUCUACGAAACGGUAUACCAAGUACUGACAGCAGAGAUGGGAUCCACGGAAGCAAACACCCUCCUCUCCAAAUCCAUCUUCACCAUCGUCAUCGGCAGCAACGAUAUUUUCACGUAUCAGGCAAACACGACCUCUUCCUCCUCGGAAUCCCAAACCAUCCCCCCUUCGGAUUUCACCAAUCUCAUGGCCGACAACCUCAAAGAGUACAUCACGACGUUAUACGAACACGGUGCGCGUAAGUUCGUGGUGGCAGGGGCGCCGCUGCUGGGAUGCACCCCGAUGGUAAGGAGAAAGUUCCAAACCCACGAAGCAUGCAGCGAACCACACAACUCCAUGGCUGCCACCUACAAUCAACAGCUGCAGGAUGUAUUAGCAGACUUGGAAACCAACCUCCUCGAUUCUUCGUGCUCCUACCUCGACACCUUCAAUGUGCUCCAAGAUCUCAUCCAAAACCCUGCCCCCCACGGGUUUGAAGAGGUGGCUGCGGCAUGUUGUGGGAUAGGGUAUUUGAGGGCAUUGAUUCCGUGUUUCCCGUUUUCACUCUACUGCUCCAAUCGAAGUGAUCACGUGUUUUGGGAUUUUGUUCAUCCCACGGAGGCUGCUGCAAAACUCAUUGUGGAUGCUUUCUUUGAUGGCCUUUCUUCUCAUUCUCAACACGAUAAUCGUCUCAGUCUCAGCCAGCUGGCAGUUACCUGAUCUGCAGCUAGGGGAGAUAUGCUGAUAGGAUAUAUACCAAUAUUGUAUGUAUUGUGUAUUUGGCUUUAAUUUACUCGAGCUUUAUAAAUAAAAAAUAAAGUAUGAAAUAAAACGAUGUGUUAAAUUACGUACUUACGUUGAUCACGUGCAAUGUAAUGUGUAAUAGAAAUUAGUGGGUAAUGUAUUUAUAUAAGUUUUCUUUUUUUUUGGUAGAAAUUAUAUAAGUUUUCAAGAGAUGAAGACUUGGUUCAGAAGGGCCAACAAAAUCUUAGAAGUUGAGAUUGACGCUUCUACCAUAUGAAAUCUGAAAUCAAGGUGAACAAGUUCAAAAUCGAAACAUACAUCGCGACCUAAAAUCUUGAAAUCCCAAAUGGAUGAAUAUAAUGUGAGGGAUUUUAGACGUGGUGAAUCCUUGAAUGGCGGUUCAUCGAUACUGUUGGGUAGUAAAUGUCGACAACUGGCAGAUGGCAAUGGUCGAGGAAGAAGUCGAAAUCGCAAUGUUUGAGAUUAAGAAAUUGGUUAAGUAUCGCACAUGGAUCUUUCUCGAUAAUUUGAGUUAUUGAAAAUCAAUUGGUUCUUAAGAGAGUUUGAUGAUGAAUAAGACACAAAAGAGGAAGAAGUGAAGCUGCGAAGAGUGAGUUAAAAGGCGGAAACUAUAUAUGUUGUUCCACCAAGGUGAGCGAAUGAGGUAGAGAGAGAACAUGCAUGAUUAAUUGAGAUAGAGACAGAUAGUUGUAAAUGAGUGAGUUGUGUAUACGAGAGGUUCGAUGUUGGAUAUGAAUAUUUUUUCUGAAGCUCGAUUUGUUUACUAAUGAGAUGAGUUUUUAGUUCAGCAUUGUUAGCUCGCGAGGUCAUGAGCCAGUUUGACUAUGUGGUUUCUUGAAUUCAACUCCUGAGCUUAUUCAUUUUGAACUCAUGAGAUGUCCCAAUAUUGCGGUUAGCGAGCGAAGCUCGUUGAUAAUUCAUAUGUUUGUUAAAUUAUAUAUCUCACCCCAUAUGAUGUUUAGGACUUUGAGUAUGUGAGCAAAUAUGUCUCAUGUUUCGUCUUGGCAACACCCCCCCCCCCCCCCCCCCCCCCCCCCCCCAACGACAAGCACUCCCAAGUCCCAACCCAGGUGGCACCAGAAACGCCUUUCGUUUCCCCCUUCGCUGGCACUUGCAACAACCGUAUAUGAAAACAACGAUUUGUGGAUAUUGGUAGUGUCAUUCUGCAACAAGCAAAGAAUCUGGGAUUCAGUGGUGUAAUUGCAAGAGCAAUUAUGUAUCAUGGGGUAGUUCAUGUGCUUUUAGUAAUUAGUAAGUAACCUUAUCAAGAGUGUACAGUAUUAGCUACAUACCGUUUAGUAUAAAUGAAUUUCAUAAAUUUUGAGGAAUUCAUUUUGGAAUGAAACAUUUUUUUGUUUGGUAUUUAAAAGAAUUCAUUUCAAUUCUAAUUUUUGAAUUCUAUGGAAUGGGAACUAGUUAUAGCAAUUCCGAUGAAUUGAGAUGGAAUUUUCAAAUGAAUUCCAUAAGUAUUUACUAAUUAUAAUAGAAUGAAGGUUCAGGCUAGCGUACGUCAGUCGUACGUUUACUUUACCCUACUCUCAUUAAAUUUUGUUAGUUAGACCAUGAAUUAACUGGAGUUUGGGGCAUGCUACUAUACCCCUAACCUCUAAUGGGCGAACCCCAGUCCCCAAUUCUCUAACCCAAACCAUAAUAUUCAUUUAAUCUCAAAAUAAAAACCAAUGGUUCUGAUUCGUCAGAAUUAUCCAUGUACAAAAAAUAGGUGUGAACGGAGGCGUAUAGCGUACGACUGACUAAAUUACUUAUACAUAUAACAUGCCAAACACACGAGUUCAAUUGGCAAUGAAUUUUACACGACAAU